AAGCGGUAGUGUUGGUGGCUUCUGCCGUCUUGAAAAUCGUUACCUGAUAAUUUGAUUGCUGGCAUGAUGUAAUGAGGAGUGCGGUUUGCUGAGCUUUCGUAGGAAAGAAUGAUGCUCCGGGUGGGCACUUUGUACCAGAUUACAACACUCUGAUUGAUUACCAGCUCUGUCUGGGCAACACCAUCUCUCUCGUACGCUGCGCAUAUGUCCGGAUCCUCCGCACAUCGGGCUCACGAUGAUGACGCCACAAUUUGCUCGCCUGGGCCGCAAUACUACUAAUACUUCUAAGUUGAGAGUGUGGCACCCAUCGGUAGCAGCAGGAGCAGCUUCUCCUCCUUUGCAGUUACCUAUCCCAGCCUCGCAGCUGUUGCUUACGCCGCUGAAAGCCUCCUCCCGUCUCUGGUCGGGGCCGCGCCUCGCAUCAUUCUACCCACAUUCCGCAUCUCUCAUCUGUCUCCAUCUGACACCAUUUGGAUCAUUUCACAGCCACUUCCGAGGGAGGUGUCAGAGCACUUUUUCUACUCCACUUCGAAGAAGCAUGACCAUGGGUUCUUUGGCAGUGGCGCCAGAGUCCCUGCACUAUCCCGAUGUUCGAAGGGAUGAGUCUAUUGUAGACAACUAUCAUGGAACUCUGGUUGCUGAUCCUUAUCGUUGGUUGGAAGAUCCGGAGUCAGCAGAGACCAAGGAUUUUGUGGAGAUACAGUCGAAGCUGACCGCAUCUGUUCUGGACAAGUGCAAAACGAAGGAGAAGCUGAAGGAACGCAUUACAGCUCUUUAUGAUUACGCAAAGUACGAUUGUCCUUUGAAACAAGGAAACAAGUACUUUUACAUGCACAACACUGGGUUACAACCUCAGAGCGUCUUUUACAUGCAGGAUAGCCUGGAGGCCGAGCCCGAAGUUCUGCUAGAUCCCAAUACGUUGAGUGAAGAUGGAACAGUAUCGCUAUCUCAAUCUGCUCUCAGUGAAGACGGAACGUUUUUAGCCUGCGGUAUCAGUGCAAGUGGUAGUGAUUGGGUCAACAUCAAAUACAUGCGAGUGGCUGACAAGAAAUUUCAGUCUGAUGUUCUUUCAUGGGUCAAGUUUUCAUCCAUCACUUGGACUCACGAUCACAAAGGUUUCUUCUACAGCAGAUAUCCCGCACCAAAGGAAGGAGUGGACGCGGGAACGGAGACGGAGAUCAAUUUAUAUCACGAGCUUUACUAUCAUUUUCUGGGGUCUGAUCAGUCAGAAGAUAUUCUUUGUUGGAAAGAUUCUGACAAUGCCAAGUGGCUCUUUGGAUCAGAAGUUACAGACGACGGAAAGUAUCUGCUUCUGACAAUCGAGGAGGGCUGUGAUCCAGUUAACAGGCUGUAUUAUUGUGACCUCACUUCUCUUCCAGCUGGAUUGGAAGGUUUCAGAGGAAGUACAGAUAUGCUUCCUUUCCAGAAGUUGGUAGACAAUUUUGAUGCACAGUACACUUACGUUGCAAAUGAUGGCAGCGUAUUCACUUUUACAUCCAACAAAGAUGCUCCGAAAUGCAAGGUAACCCGGGUAGACCUCGAGAAUCCGACCGUGUGGACGGACAUUAUCCCGGAAUCUGAAACCGAUGUUUUAUCAUCAGCUACUUGCGUGAAUGAACAGCAGUUGGUUGUCUGUUACUUGAGUGACGUAAAACACGUACUCCAGGUGAGAGAUCUACAAACGGGCAAUUUUCUCUACCAAUUGCCUUUGGACAUUGGGAGUGUGAGUAGUGUAUCAGGAAGGAGAGAAGAGAGAGAAAUAUUCUUCAGAUUUACGAGCUUUCUCAAUCCAGGAACAAUAUUCCGGUGCAACUUGGCAGCCGUUAAGCCCGUUCCUGAAGUUUUUAGGGAUACCGAAGUGAAAGAUUUUGACCGGGAUGCGUUUGAAACCAAACAAGUGUUUGCUUCUAGCAAGGAUGGCACCAGAGUACCUAUGUUUAUCGUGUCAAAGAAAGGCACGAUCUUGAAUGGUGAUCAACCGACACUGCUGUACGGAUACGGUGGCUUCAACAUAAGUCUUACGCCAUACUUUAGCGCUUCCCGUCUGGCACUCGUUCGACAUCAUGGGGCCGUAUUUGCUAUGGCCAAUAUCAGAGGAGGAGGAGAAUACGGAGAAGACUGGCACAAAGCUGGAUCUUUGUCGAAGAAACAAAAUUGCUUCGAUGACUUUCAAGCAUGCGCCGAGUAUCUCAUUUCGGAAGGCUAUACGCAACCGAAGAAAUUAUGCAUCGAAGGGGGUAGUAAUGGUGGUUUGCUUGUGGCGGCAUGCGUGAAUCAGCGGCCUGAACUAUAUGGCUGUGCUCUCGCGCAUGUAGGAGUGAUGGACAUGCUUCGCUUCCACAAAUUUACCAUCGGGCAUGCAUGGACAUCCGAUUAUGGCUGCUCUGAUAAAGCCGAAGACUUUGAGUGGCUGGUCAAAUACUCCCCACUUCAUAAUGUGAGACGUCCUUGGGAGGGAGCGCAAAAUGGAAGAAACAACGUGCAGUAUCCUGCAAUGAUGUUGCUGACAGCGGACCAUGAUGAUCGAGUUGUUCCGCUACAUUCUCUGAAGCUUCUUGCGACCUUGCAGUAUGAACUAUGCAAAAAGGAUGCGAACAGUCCUCAAACAAAUUAUAUUAUUGCCCGCAUUGAUUCCAAGGCUGGACACGGGGCAGGUCGCCCUACCCAGAAAAUUAUUGAUCAAACGAGUGACGCAUUUUCAUUUUUCGCCAUGGUCACCGAGGCGCCUUGGAUCGAGUAGGCAGCGCGAGGGAACAGAUAAAGUUUCGUAGAGGUGUUGCGCUAGAUAUCGGCAGAGACAGGAGUGAAGUUUGCACUGUUGUCCUCGAGCAAUUUUUUGCUGGUCCCGUGCAGAGAGAGGCGCUGCGUGUAUAGUAGGGGCGUUGGCCAGUGAGUUUGGCCAACAGUGUUUGUCCUCAUGGAGUACUCAUUUAUUUAAACGAAGUUAAAAAUUUCCAUUCGAAGAUGUC